CCCGCGGCGUCCCCGCCCAGGGCCGCCAGGGCGCAAGACCAAACUACUACAACCUCAUCGGCUCACCAAUCUCGUCUCACAGUAGGAUUGCGAGUGCUUCAACCCGCAGCUGGUUUCUUCAUCCUGAUUGGUUCGGAUUCUCUGGUGCUCCGGUGAUCAGCUAGCGGUUCUCUCGGCCACCAUGGGCAACUACCUGUCGUGCACGCUGGCCAAGGCGCCGGGCGGGAGGUGCGCGAGGGUGAUCCUCCCCGACGGCGGCGUGAGGCAGGUUUCGCUCCCGGCGACGGCGGCCGAGCUGAUGCUGGACGCGCCGGGCCACUUCCUCGUCGACGCGCGCGCCGCGCGCGUCGGGGCGCGCCUGGCCGCGCUGCCGGCCGACGAGGAGCUGGAGCUCGGCGGCGCGUACGCCGCGUUCCCGAUGAAGCGCCUGGGCACGCCGCUGGCGGCGGCGGACGCGGCGCGCCUGGCCGCCGCGGCCGCCAGGGAGGCGCGCCGGUCGUCCGCCAAGGUGUCGUCGGACCACGCCGCCGUCGCGGCGCCGCCACCGCCCGCAGCGGAGUUGGCCGCGGCCGCGGAGGAGGCGCCGAGGAUGCGGCUCGAGCAGAUGGUGGUGGACGACGACGCGGCGGCCGCGGAGCUCGGCGCGCUGAAGCACCGGCUCAGCAAUGCGCGGUCGAGGAGGCCGACGCUGGAGACCAUACACGAGGAGAAUUACCUGUCGUCGAGAGCCUGAGACGUGCCUGGCGAUCGGCGGAGCUUUUUUGAUAUGUGAUUUAAGCACACGCUUCUCUUUUCAGCUUCAUUUUUUGAGCAUUCGGUUGAAGACUUGAAGUGUUGAACUCAAGUUCCAAAAGAUAUGUAAUGUGAAGCAAGUAAAUUGUACAGCCCACGUUUUUUGUGAAUAGAGAAAAUACAUAUACUAGGUCAGACUUUUCAGUUGUUUAUCUGUGGUCUCUUGUGCAGUUGUCUAUCAUUCCACAUUCUCCAGUUUAGCGUGGGAUGAUCAGUUGAAUGAGCAAAAGUCUUCAGGAGAAGAGGAGAUUGGUUC